CCUCCUCGGGGAUCUUCCACCCUACCAGUACUCAGAGGUUGUUUUAACCCGUAAGAAUAGCCGCUGGCUAUUUCUUUGCGGCUACCAUAAAAAAUAAUAAGCCGUAUAUCCAUCAGCUUUGCCUGUUUAGAUCAUCACCUCCGCCGCAAAACACUCGUGCCGGCGGGCUUUACCAACAUAUCUCCUGCACUAACUAAUUACCGCUCCUCGCAAUUAUAGCUCAACUCGAAGCUUCCUGACAUCUCUCGUCCGAUUCAGUUCUUCAUCAAUUUACAAGAUUCAAUCCUAUUGACCUAUUCUACAAUGCUGGAUUCCAUCAUUUCCCGCUUGAAAGCCCUGGACAUUGCGCUGCAACUCGGCGUUUUCGAGGAAGACGCCGUUCACUAUUACCACGAGAUGCGCCACCAACUGCGGUACGUGCUCUUAAAGGAGGUAAUUUUCCUCUACGUCGUGUACCGCAUAGUGCUCUACGUGGUGUUACCGCUUGUACAGCAAGUUUAUGCCUACGGCCCGGUGACGGUUUUGCAAAGAGCGCGCAAAACGUGGACCGGUGCGUUCUUUCGCUGGUUCCUCGCCUCACCGCUCGCUCGGGCGAGAGUUGACAAGGAGGUUGCCAAAAACAUUGCUAACCUCGAGGGCUCCUUGAUUGUGAGUGCUCCGGGCUUGUGCAGUCACAGCAAGCUCCCAGCAGUGGGGAUUCCUACCGAGACAGUGCUUGACACUCUUACAGAGUUGUCCCAGCUAAAACACUCCGCGUGGGAGGCUGGGAAGGUUUCCGGAGCCGUGUAUCACGGUGGUGACGACAUUAUUGCCUUGCAGUCACAGGCGUUUCAGAAGAACUGUGUGGCGAACCAGUUACAUCCCGACGUGUUUCCAGGGGUCCGGAAGAUGGAGUCCGAAGUCGUGGCGAUGGUAUUGGAUAUGUACAACGCGCCAGUGCGGGCCUGCGGAACCUCGUCCUCUGGAGGAACCGAGUCGCUCUUGCUUGCGUGUUUGGCCGCGAAGGUGUACGGGGCGCGGUAUAAGGGUAUUUCCAGUCCGGAGAUUGUCGCCCCCGUGACAAUCCAUGCAGGUGUGGACAAAGCUGCGUACUACUUCGGGAUUAAGCUCCACAAGGCGCGGGUAGAUCCAAAGACGAUGCAGGUUGACUUAUCCCAGGUGAAGCGCUUGAUCAACCGCAACACGGUGCUUCUUUGCGGCUCGUCUCCCAACUUUCCGCACGGGAUCAUCGACGACAUCCAGGGCAUGAGCGACUUGGCAGUGAGGUAUGAUAUUCCGUUGCAUGUGGAUUCGUGUCUUGGCUCGUUUAUCACACCGUUUGCGAACAAGGCAGGGUUCCACGACGUGCCAAUAUGCGAUUUCAGGGUCCCCGGGGUCACCUCUAUCUCCUGCGACACCCACAAGUACGGCUUUGCGCCGAAAGGCUCGUCAGUCAUCAUGUACCGUGACAACAAAAUGCGCGAAUGCCAGUACUAUGUGAAUGUGGAAUGGUCCGGCGGGGUGUACGGCUCGCCAACGUUGGCAGGCUCUAGACCGGGCGCCUUGAUGGCGGGUUGCUGGGCUACGAUGAUGAACAUCGGUGAAGACGGGUACGUCAAAUCGGCCCAGGAGAUUAUCCAGGCAAGCAGAGAUUUUAAGGCGGCGGUGCAGCGGAUUCCACAGCUUCGCGUGUUGGGAGACCCACUUGGUUCGGUGGUUUCCUUCACCGUUGCCGAGCUGGCGAGUCUUAACAUCUACGAGUUGAGUGACGCCAUGUCGGCUAAAGGCUGGCACUUGAGCACGUUGCAGACACCCGCGGCCGUCCACAUUGCGUUUACCAGGUUGAGUUCCCCGGUGAUCCACGAAUUGGUUGCAGAUUUGCAGAGCGUCGUGGAUGCAUUGGUAGAGGAGGGGAUCGGUGGAAAGACGAAGCCUCUGGGCGACACUGCCGCGCUCUACGGGGUUGCGGGAAGUGUCACCACGACCGGUGUUAUUGAUCGGUUAGUGGUGGGAUUUUUAGACACAUUGUACAAGUGUGAUGUGUGUACCGAUGGGUCUUCCAGAGAGUUGUGACGUAGUUCAAAGAG